CACAGACACAGGGAGAACAUGCAAACUCCACAAAGAGGAGUUACUCGUCAAGGGAAUCGAACCCAGGCCCUCCUCGCUGUGAGACAGCGCUACCCACCACGCCACCGUGCUGCCCUCCAAGUCUCCAAGCCUCACAUUAAAAAUGGGUGAUUCUCUGAGAAAGGUCAGUGACCUUGUACAGUGCCGUGGACUCAUGGCAGAUGAUCAGGAGGCUAUCAGACCUGUCAGCAUGUUCCAGAAGCUGUGUGAAAUGAAGUGGUCAGAGUUUGUCUCCCAUUCUGCCUUGACAAAUCUCAGUGAAGCAAAAUACAACAAAGCUUCUCCCCUGCCACUUACUAGAGACAUCCAAAAGCUCCAUGAAUUCCUUCAUCAGGAGACACAAUCUGCACUGAGGGUCCUAAAAGAGAAAACAUCUGCUAAAGAUUAUGCUGCACUAGCAAGUUUGACCCUUUGUCAGGUCAUACUCUUUAACAGGAGACGGGCUGGUGAAGUGUCAAAAAUGACUUAAAAACUACCAGGACCCCAAGACUUCAAAGAUAAAUGAUGAUGUGGCGGAUCCAGGACGGACAGCGGACGACGAGGGACGAAGAUGCAGCGACCCAGACGGACGGCUGCGACGGAACGGAGGAACACAGGCUGGCCAUCUUACCUUCAGGCUGUGCCCCCGUGCCACAGGAGGUUUCUGUGCUCAGCUGGCAGCAGGCGGUCUUCAUCCCACCCCUUUCUUUUGGAGCGCUGGUGAGAUUUGAGCAGCACUGCCAAGCUUUGGACAGAGCAAACAGGAUGUUUGCUUACACCUUCUCACAGCCACGUUUUGACAGCACGAAGCUGGUGGAGUUGAAGCUCCAACACAGGACCAUCUGUGAGGGGCUGGAGUCUGAGCACUGGUGGGUGCUCAGCAACGAAUUUUAUCAUCUGUUCGCGGAGCUUCCUCCUCAGCACUUCGCUACUGUGGCUGCUGUGGCCUGCAUCAAGCGUUUUGGAACAUCGAUCAGCGAGGCGACCUUCUACCUUCACACUGAAUCAGUGGAGACAUCACUGCAGAAUGUUACUCUGCAAACCAAAGUGGGGAAGACACUGAAGAUGGUAUCCAUUGGUUCAGAUGGCUGUUUCAGGACUCACCAUUCCAGCAACACCCGGAUCCUUGAGACGGCGGCACCGUACAUGGUUUCUAGCAAACCACGAGGACCCCCACCAGGCUUCUAAUCACACUCUACACUUUAAUAUCAUACCUUUUUAAGUUCAUUAUCAUAGUGACUGUAGUUAUUAUAGUGGUAAUUAUAUAGUUUUUUUCUAUGAUUCUGUGUGUGUGUGUGUGUGUGUGUGUUUUUCAGAUGCAGUUUUCUGUGUAACCAGGAGAGCCCCUGAAGUUUUAUCUCUGAGAGAAUGACGGUGGAUCAUCACAUCUUAUCAUCUCUAGACUGGAAACAUGGGUUCCAGUGCAUCGUUCCUCCUGGAUUCGAGGCUCUAGACAGCAGUGACUCCUACAUGUCAUCAAGAAACUGUGGACUUCAGGGUCUGGACCAGAUCAGAGGAUGUACGCAGAAGGAAGCCUUGACAAGAAGUGCAGCAAGACCAUUAGAGACUUCACCAUCAGCCAUCACUGGACUUUAUCUCCAGCGUUUAUGUUCAUCAGAAGCAGGAUCACCUCUGGCAUCAUCAUUAUUGUCUUAGCCACAGACCCAGGACCAUUGGAGACAUCAGGACCCAUGAAGAGGAGAUCAGCGCCAUCAUCACCACUGGACAUUAUCAUCAGCAGAAGCUUAAUCACCACUGCCAUCAUACACAUCAAGAUCUCAGUUAUCAUCAUCAUCUUAGCCAUGGACUGAGUCAGAAGAUGUUACUUCAUCUCAUCAUCAUGACAUCAAGCUACCAACCAGCUCAGAGGUUUUUGCGUUAAAGCAGUGAAUCUGCUUUGUGUGACAUACAUGGACUCUUUACUGAGAUCCUGCUGGAAGGCUUCACAGCCUGGGUUCUAGACUGUUGGCUGUAGUUACUGUUCUUCAGUUUGUCUAUAACUAACAGUUUGGCAUCCAUGCUCGGACUAAUCAUCAUUCAGAUGGGCUUUUGAUUUUAAUAAGUAAAAAUAAUUAAGAUUAUAUUUAGUUAUUGUCAAUCAAAAUAGUGGCAAGUCUCAACAGCAUAUAAUUAUCGUUAUUUCUGUUUUGUAAAUUGUAUUUGUAGAGUAUUUAUAACAACUAUAACCCUAUGAAUAGUUUUCAAUAAAGUCCGAAUUUAUUUCAAUGUUACAAACAAAUAGAUUUGUUCUAAUUUUUACCUUCUGUCAAAAUUAUUCCUUGAAAAAUUCUCAUCAAAAAAAAGUUGUGAAGUGCAUUUUUAUACCUGCUAGAAUCUGAUCAAUGCAUUUAUAUUUGUUUUGUAGCUGCUAUAAAAGGUAUAAAUUCAUUUUAAACAA